AGCCGGGCUGCGUGACGCGGGGAGAGCUCGAUUCAAGCCCGCAGUCAAAGCAGGGCUCUGCACAAGCUCCCGGGGACGGAGCAAAUGCGUUUCCAGCAGGCAAACUUCUCUCGCUGGGGUUUUUAAUCCUCUCGGUUAAUCAGACGCGCUGAGGGGUGGGGGUGUGAGGCAGCGAAAUGCGAGCCCCUUUUGCAACCUGACCUUCUUGGAUUAAAGCCAGGGCUUUCCUUGCCUGCGCUGGGUUUGACUACAUGCUGCGAAGGAGGAGUCCUUGCGUGUGUGUGUUGUCGGGCUAGGCGGUUGCUAAAUUGUGAUUAAUAUUUAAAAAAAAAUCUCUCUGAAGAUUUGGGUGCAGCUGAGAUUCCCCCACUCCCACCUUUUUAGUAUUGUUUCCACAAGGGCAAGCUCCCAAGCUUCCUUUCUGGUGCUGCAGCCCCUUUGGUUGUUGCAAAUGAAGGGAAUUCUUUUUGCAAAGGGAGAGAAGGAGGGUUUUUUAUCUUUGCAGCAAAGUGAAACAGGCACGCUUGAAAAGCUGCGAAACUGACUCACUGUGAUCAAAUAGAGCGGAGCAGACCGGGGGGACUUAAAAAAAAAAAGAGAGAGAGCGAGAGAAAGGAUCCUGGGAUCUUUUAGAUCUUUCAAAAGAUGUCAUCUCAAACUAAGUUCAAGAAAGACAAAGAGAUCAUAGCAGAAUAUGAAACUCAAGUAAAAGAAAUCCGUACCCAGUUGGUGGAACAGUUCAAAUGUCUGGAACAACAAUCCGAAUCCCGGUUGCAGCUCCUGCAGGACCUCCAGGAGUUCUUCCGCAGAAAGGCUGAGAUAGAGCUGGAGUACUCCAGGAGUCUGGAGAAACUGGCAGAACGAUUUUCUUCUAAGAUCCGCAGCUCCAGAGAACAUCAUCAAUUCAAGAAGGAUCAGCACCUCCUUUCCCCAGUGAAUUGCUGGUAUCUAGUUUUGACCCAGACUCGGCGAGAGAGCAGAGACCAUGCUACCCUGAAUGACAUCUUCAUGAACAAUGUCAUUGUCCGCCUCUCGCAGAUCAGCGAAGACGUCAUCAGGCUCUUUAAGAAGAGUAAAGAAAUUGGUCUACAGAUGCAUGAAGAACUCUUGAAGGUCACCAAUGAGCUAUACACAGUGAUGAAAACCUACCACAUGUACCACGCGGAAAGCAUCAGCGCUGAGAGCAAGCUGAAGGAAGCAGAGAAGCAGGAGGAAAAGCAGUUCAACAAGUCUGGGGACAUCAGUGUCAACCUGCUGCGGCACGAGGACAGGCCUCAGCGCCGGAGCUCCGUCAAGAAGAUUGAGAAGAUGAAGGAGAAGAGGCAAGCCAAAUAUUCUGAAAACAAGCUGAAGUGCACUAAAGCCAGGAACGAUUAUCUGCUGAACCUGGCAGCCACAAAUGCAGCCGUCAGUAAAUACUACAUCCACGAUGUCUCUGACCUCAUUGAUUGUUGUGAUCUGGGAUUCCAUGCCAGCCUAGCUCGGACAUUCAGGACAUACCUGUCUGCUGAAUAUAACCUAGAAACCUCACGCCAUGAGGGCCUGGACAUCAUUGAGAACGCGGUGGACAACCUGGACGCACGGAGUGACAAGCAUACAGUCAUGGACAUGUGCAACCAGGUCUUCUGCCCUCCGCUGAAGUUUGAAUUCCAGCCUCACAUGGGGGAUGAGGUAUGUCAGGUGAGCGCCCAACAGCCUGUGCAGACGGAGUUGCUCAUGCGAUAUCACCAGCUGCAGUCUAGACUUGCCACUCUCAAGAUAGAGAAUGAGGAGGUACGAAAAACUCUGGAUGCCACUAUGCAGACCUUGCAGGACAUGCUGACGGUGGAAGAUUUUGAUGUUUCAGAUGCCUUCCAGCAUAGUCGCUCCACUGAGUCAGUCAAAUCAGCCGCUUCAGAGACCUACAUGAGUAAAAUAAACAUUGCCAAGAGGAGAGCCAACCAACAGGAAACUGAAAUGUUCUAUUUUACGAAAUUUAAAGAGUAUUUGAAUGGCAGUAACCUUAUCACCAAGCUCCAGGCUAAACAUGACUUACUGAAGCAGACUCUUGGAGAAGGUGAAAGAGCUGAAUGUGGCACAACCAGAGGAAGAAGGAAUGCUCGAACAAGGAACCAGGAUUCAGGACAGGCUAUCCCACUUGUAGUUGAAAGCUGCAUCCGAUACAUCAAUUUAUAUGGUCUUCAGCAACAGGGUAUCUUUAGAGUUCCCGGGUCUCAGGUUGAAGUCAAUGACAUCAAGAAUUCAUUUGAAAGAGGUGAAGACCCUCUCGCUGACGAUCAAAAUGAACGUGAUAUUAAUUCGGUUGCUGGGGUCUUAAAGCUGUAUUUCCGAGGACUGGAAAACCCACUCUUUCCUAAGGAAAGGUUUCAAGAUUUGAUAUCUACUAUAAAAAUGGAGAACCCUGCAGAAAGAGUGCACCAGAUCCAGCAAAUCAUCAUUACUCUGCCCCGAGCUGUCAUUGUUGUCAUGAGAUACCUCUUUGCUUUCCUCAAUCACUUGUCACAGUACAGUGAUGAGAACAUGAUGGAUCCCUACAACCUGGCCAUCUGCUUUGGACCAACUUUGAUGCACAUUCCAGACGGGCAGGAUCCGGUGUCCUGCCAAGCCCAUGUAAAUGAGGUCAUCAAAACCAUCAUCAUAAAUCACGAGGGCAUCUUCCCCAACCACAGAGAGCUGGAAGGACCUGUGUACGAGAAAUGCAUGACUGGAGGGGAAGAGUAUUGCGACAGCCCCCACAGCGAACCGGGCACCAUUGAUGAAGUGGACCAUGACAACGGCACAGAGCCGCACACCAGCGACGACGAAGUGGAACAGAUUGAAGCAAUAGCGAAGUUUGACUACAGUGGCCGGUCCCUGCGAGAGCUCUCCUUUAAGAAAGGAGCCUCGCUCCUCUUGUACCAUCGUGCAUCGGAGGACUGGUGGGAAGGGCGCCAUAACGGUGUGGAUGGUCUCAUACCACAUCAGUACAUAGUUGUACAAGACAUGGAUGAUGCAUUCUCCGACAGUUUGAGUCAGAAGGCAGACAGCGAGGCAAGCAGUGGACCCUUGCUGGAUGAUAAAGCUUCAUCAAAGAAUGACAUCCAGUCUCCGACAGAUCAUAUUCCAGACUAUGGAUUUGGGGGAGUAAUGGGCCGAGUAAGGUUGAGAUCCGAUGGCGCAGCCAUCCCUCGUCGUCGGAGUGGAGGGGACACCCAUAGCCCCCCAAGAGGGAUGGGUCCUGGUAUAGACACUCCUCCUCGAGCAGCAGCAUGUCCUAGCAGCCCCCACAAAAUACCACUCAACAGAGGCAGGAUUGAGAGCCCUGAGAAGCGCAGGAUGGCCACGUUUGGCAGCGCUGGCAGCAUCAAUUAUCCAGACAGGAAGGCCUUGUCUGAUGGCCACCCACUGAGAUCGACCUCUGGGUCUACUCGGCACAGUAGUCUUGGAGAUCAGAAAUCUCUGGAAGCAGAAGCACUUGCGGAGGACAUUGAGAAGACCAUGAGCACCGCUCUGAAUGAGCUGCGUGAGCUCGAGAGACAGAACACUGUGAAGCAGGCCCCUGAUGUUGUCCUUGAUACCCUGGAGCCAAUGAAGACUCCUCAGGGGGGCUCUGUCAACUCAGAACCUGCCAGCCCACUUCACACCAUCAUGAUCCGAGACCCUGAUGCCGCCAUGAGACGCAGCAGUAGCUCCACCACUGAAAUGAUGACUACUUUUAAACCAGCCCUCUCAGCCCGGCUUGCUGGGGCUCAGCUUAGGCCUCCACCCAUGAGACCCGUCAGACCGGUGGUUCAACACCGAUCAAGCAGUAGUAGCAGUUCAGGAAUGGGCAGUCCUGCAGUGACGCCUACAGAGAAGAUUUACCCCAAUAGCUCCUCGGAUAAAUCAGGCACCAUGUAGCUCUGCAGCAAGGGAUUCUUAGUUGAGGGGCGAAAAAAAGUCAAUAUCUGGAUAUUUUUUGGGUGGAAAUUGCAACUCUGCAGUCUCGUUCUUUAAAAGGAAAAGAAGGAAAAAUUACACCCUGAAGAAAACUUCAGUAGGGAAGCCAGUGCAUAGGCCUGAGGCCUAAUGAUUCCAUUAUAGAUACACACAUCCAUGCAGAAACAUUUUACCAAGAUUGCAGUAAAACUGUAUGGCAGAAUAAGAUGGCUGUCCUGCGUAUUGUCACUGGAGAAUAUAUAAUCUGUGUAGAAGUAUAUAUAAAGUGUACAAAGUUCAAUACUUUUUUUUUUUUUUUUUUUUUAGAUUUACCUCAGAAACUUGCCCUGAAAUUUCCUCUCUAGAAUUGUUUGGUUGAUUUUAAUUUUUUUGAGAAUACUUGUGUGUGCGUGUGCGUGUGUGGAGCAACUGAGCAUCAAGCAAUACAAGAUCAAUCCUGGAAUUUCUAUUCUGCAGUAGUUGGCAUUUAAAAAGAAGAGAAGAUAUGCUGUUUUUUGCUCAACUGUUGGCCUACAGAGAAGAAAUUGAAAUACAUCUAGUGACCAUUCUCAGCAAGCUGGGUGGAUUUCUUUUUCUUUGCAUUCAGUCCUAAGAUUUCUUCGUUUCACCUCUGAAUCUUGCGGCUGUUACCUAGCCAGUAGGUUGUACAGAAUAUGAUACGGCCAAAUGAAACAUUUUAUUCCUUUAGUUCAUAUAUAGGGAUAAAGUGUAUAAAUAUCUACUCCACGACCAUAGCACAGUGUUAGGUGUGUACAAAAAGAAACCACAAAACUUGGGUUGUUUUGAAGAUUUUCAAACCAACAAGGACUAGUAAGAGACCUGUGGUAAAAAAUAAAUAGGCUAACUUAUAAAGUAUUGAAAUGUUUCAUUUCCCCUUCUCCCCUGGCCUUUUAUUAACUGACAUCUUAACAAAUUGGGACUAAACAGGCAAGGAGGCUUUGAAAAGAUAACAUUCCUUUAUUUAAAGUUGCACAUCAGUACACGGGGGUCUUGAUUCAGAUUGUCUUCGUGCAUGAAAAGCAUGAGCCAUAUUUGACCAUAUCAGACGCAUAACUGAUCUGAUGGGGUGAUAUUUUGCACUUUCUGUACUGUACUAUAUAAUACAGAAGUUUGAGUUUAUGCAAAAGAAGUUAUAUUUUAUUUUUCCUCUGAACAUUUAACCUAGAGAAAAAUAUGCAGAAAGAACUAGGGGUUGCAUGAUACUUUUUGUCUGAUAACUAAGUCUCUUCUCUAAUUACUGAAUACAAGACACUCCAUGUUUCUUUUUUCAUUUUUGGUUUACUUCUUGACCAGCUUUUCACAGAGUUGACCUGUGGUUUAAUUUUGUUUUUUUCCAUACAAUCAUGUCAUCUGAACAUGAAACAGGUCUUGAUGAGUCUCAUUCAAACUCCGCACAGAUGCUGUACUAGCAUUUUUCACACCUUAAUUCCUUUCCCUUAAUCUGAUUUUUGCUGCAGUAGCUGUCGUUGAGCAAAAUGAGUGAACAAACUUUGCGGCCUUGUUGGGAGUUAAGAUUAACAUUCAGCUUCUUUCAGCAUCCCAUGGCAUGUUUUUUAAGUUCUUUUGCUUUUCUAUCCGACACCUCAGAGCCACCACCGAACGCAGAAUCCUUCACAUCUCCAGAUGAACAAUCCAAUAUUUCUGUCAGAGAAUGUACAUAUGGAAAAGACCAAUGGGGUGAUCUAGCCCUUUUGAAUCUUAUCAUGUUAGCACCUCUCAUUUGGGAAUCCAAUCCAUAACUUACCCAUGCACAUAAAACAAUUGGAAGCCUAUGAUCUGUGCAAGGUAACAUUUACUUGACUGGAUAUAGAGGAAUCUUAACACAAAUCCAAUGGAACUGAUUAGGUGUUCGUUCUUAUUCUGUGUCCAGUGCACAAGCAUGUUUCACUUCCACAUAUCCUCUCCUCUUAACUGUCUCUUGCCUGUUCUAGUCUGUUAUAUAUUGCUGUACUUGCUUAAAUGCUGGAAAGUAACUGUUAAAAUGUAAACUGUAAAAAGAAAAUAGGUUAAAAUUAGAUGAAAGCCAAUGCCACUCACCAAAUCUUUGCACUUAGUAGAUAGCUCAAUGUAAAAACUAAUAAAAUAAGAACAAAAACACAAACCUAACCUUUCAGUGUACAGUGUGUGUGUGGGGGAAAGUACUGUAUGUAGUGAUUCUAUUGUUCCUCAAUAUAGUAUUAUAAGAGGAAAUGGUGUUUACGUACUUGUCUAUUAACAUUGUUGACAUUUGUAAUUACCACAAUUACUUCAUAUUGAUGAUGAUUUUUCAUCACGAUUUCCCCUCCCCCUUUCCUAACCCUGAGGUCAUUGCCUUUGUCAUUAUGGGCAGCAGAUGUUCAAACGGUCUGUCAGUCUGUUCUAGUAAUGAACCAGCAAAUGUGCUUUUAGGGGCAGUGAAAAAGCCCCUAUUUGGCACAAUUGUUGUAUAAUCAUUGCCAGUAAUUUUUUCCACUUAGUUCCUGGAGAACACUCACUUUGGUAGUCUGACUUUUUUUAUAUAUAUAUUUUCAACAAUGACUUAAUAGCAAAACCAUCUUUAUUUCCCGCCCCCCCCCCCACUUUAAAAGAUAUGGUACAAAUUCCAGUGUCUUUUGCAUUAAAUUAUUGCCUUUUAUUUUUGCUUUUUUUUAAUGCUUGUUUUCUUAUCUUUAAGUGCCUUUUGAGCACCAGAACAAAUGCUUGGAAUUAAUGUACUUGGAGCUGUAUACAGAUCAUGAUUUCUUAUGUACCGUUAUGUUGUGCUGUGGGUGUAUUGCUUUUCAAGUCCUUUAAAAAAGACAUUUUAUUAAAUUUAAAGAAAAAAUUAUGCCUUUUUAAUAUUGCAGUCAAAUUGCAGUUUGGGGCAACUACUGUAAAUUAAAAAAAUAUGUAUUUUUCUGUAGUUCAGCACAGCACAAAAUUAAACCACUUGCGUUGUGCUGUACAAGCAUCAUAACUGGAACCUACUCAUAAGUUUUGAGUAACUUAAUCUUGAUUAUUUUUACUUCUAUAGACUGUAGCCUUCAAUAUGAUCUCAGUUCUGUUCACUUAAGGAUACUGUGAAAUUUAGAGUUUACAAAUUGGUCAAAGCAGCAGCUGGAAGUGCUCGCCUGGAAGGAUCAUUUUCUCUUGUUUCAAGUGAAAACUGUUCCACCCAUUUGAUUAUAAUAUGGAGACAUCAACAGAGAGCCCAAGACUCUAUGAUGGGCCAGGAAAGGGCCCUCUUUAAGGAGAAGUUGAUUCUCUGCUGUGCAGAGAAAAUUCAAAAGUCUCAAAUCAGCUCUCUGUUGCUCUGAGUCUUUGCCUCCUCCACAAAAUAACCUGCUUUUGCUCUAUCAAAACUACUUCUGUUAACUCCCAGAAGUAGGUAGUCACCAGUGUAGCCAUUCCUUUGGCCUGUCUCCCCAGUGGCUCAGUGAAGCAGUCUUUCUGUUGACCCAUUAAUGCAUUUAACGGUGCCGACUUUAAAGCAAUUGCACCCACGCUGAUAUUAGUUCUGUAUAGAUGCUCCUAAGUGACCAUUGUAGUUGUGCCAGUCCCUUUAAUGAUAAUGACAGUGCACUUUUCUUCCUUAGACUGAAGUAUACCUGAUAGAUUCUUUUUGUAAAUCCUGGAUCGUAUUAUUUACUAGCAGUGUUGCAGUUUUCACAGUAUGUCAGUAGACCUCCUGAUUCUGAUCUGCUUCUGAGUGGCUGUUUUUUGUUUAUGCCAGAAAACCUUAGAAACUGCCUUGUAUAAUGAUUGUUGUCCCUCCUAUGGAUAUUGUCUCUGUAAUGUAUGAUAAAAUGCCAUUCGGUUAGAAUGUCUGACUGGAUCCUCUGUCAUGUAUGCUGAUGAUGCCAUGUAGAUCAAGCUACUGGUUGGAUGUGGACUCAUCCUGUUGAAUAAAACUGCUUAACUUUU